UGUUGUCAGGGGUCACGUGACCAUGAAAGUCAUGUCACUAGUAUAAAUCCUCUGUCAGACGACGCACUGCUCCUCUCCAGAGUUUCUCACGGAGGCCUUGUAUCCGGUUCGGUCUGGCUGUUACAUGAGCCAUGGCAGACCAGGCUUUUGUCACCCUUGCCACAACUGAUAAUUAUGCCAAAGGAGCAAUGGUACUUGGCAAGUCCUUGAGGAACCACAACACAUCAAGGAAACUUGUGGCCCUGAUUGGCCCCCAUGUCUCUGAACCCUCCAGAGCAGUGCUUCGUAAGGUCUAUGAUGACGUCAGGCUGGUGGAUGUGCUGGACAGUGGGGAUGCUGCACACUUGGCCAUGAUGAAGAGACCUGACCUGGGCGUCACCUUCACCAAACUCCACUGCUGGACUCUUACAGAAUACUCCAAAUGUGUGUUUAUGGAUGCAGAUACUCUAGUUUUGUCUAACAUAGAUGAGUUAUUUGAUCGAGAGGAGCUCUCUGCCGCACCAGAUCCUGGCUGGCCUGACUGCUUUAACUCUGGUGUGUUCGUCUUCCGUCCCUCCAACGAGACCUAUGAGAAGCUUCUCACCACCUGCUCCGAGAGUGGCAGCUUUGAUGGUGGGGAUCAGGGCGUUCUCAACACCUUCUUCAGCGAUUGGGCAACGGCAGACAUUUCAAAACACCUUCCUUUUAUUUACAACCUCAGCAGCAUUGCCAUCUACACCUAUCUCCCAGCAUUCAAGCAAUACGGCCGUGAUGCCAAGGUAGUUCAUUUCCUUGGCAAACUCAAACCGUGGGAUUACAGUUAUGACACCACAAGCAAAACAUUAAAGGGCCAGUCACAAGAUGCAUCGGACAUGCUUCCAAACUACUUGCUGCAAUGGUGGGAGAUUUUCUCCUCUUCAGUGUUGGCUCUCAUGAAGGAGGAAUAUGGUGACCAGCCCUUCCAUUCCGGAUGCACCGAGAGUGAUCUCAACGUUGAUGUGGCUCAGAUGCACAUAUCCCAUCAUCCCCCCUCACCUCCGAUGUCGUCUCAGGAGCGUAAACAGAAGUGGGAACAGGGCCAAGCUGACUACAUGGGAAUGGACUCUUUUGAGAACAUAGAGAAAAAGCUAGAUUCCUUCCUGAAGUGAGUCUUGUAGGAACAGAUCGUCGGGUCUAGUUUUGUACAAGGGUACUUGUAGGCCAUGAAAUCACAAAAAAAAAUAAAAAUAUAAAAAUACAUCCUCUAAUUUUUAUACCAGUCCAGAUCAUCUAUGCAGCUCAACCUCUUACACACUGUGAUUGCAAGAGUUAUUAGAAUGACACAAUAUGUCACUUGCCUCAUUUCCAGAGGAGUUGUGACACCAAACCAAUUGGGCAUCGUUUCUGAUCUCACGAAACUAAACACUACUGUUAUAUUUAUAUUUAAAAUACCAUAAUGUAAAUGUUCUGGUCCUUAUUUGCCUUUUGUGUGUUUGUGAAGAUCAGAAAUGUUUGAAUUUAAUGGAGAAACAUACAGCAAACAAAACAAUACCAAACCUUGUAAAUAUCAGCUAUACUGUACACCACUCCACAUUCAAUAUUAAUCAUCUAAUGACCGCCUUAGCAAUGAUAUUGUGUUUACAAGACACUGUGUGCUGCCAACUUGCUUACAUUGUUAAUACUGGCUCUGAUACACAUCAGCCACUCUUAGUGUGUGUGUACCAAGGUCCCUCUGCUCUUGCCUGCUGUACCAGAAAUAAACCACAGGGGUUUUGCUACAUCUGGUUACACCACCUGCUGGUACUGUUAAUGCUGUAGCUGUUCAGAACUAGUUUGUAACCGCUCUGUAACCUUACCCUCACCUGCAACAUCUAAAAUAAAGAACUAGUAAUACGA